AUGGCGUCUGAUAAUCGGCUUACGGAUCAGUCGACGUCUACAGCUGAUCUCACCGACGUCACUCAGCGCCAGGGGCGGAACGAUGAAGCUAUCGCAUAUAAGAAGGAACAAAGCGACAAAUCCACCGUUACCACGCCGUCGUUGGACGACAAUAAGCACUCAACAGCAAAAGAAAUGCUGGACCAGACCACUUCUACGUCUCAUUCACCAGUACCGCCGACGGUACAUCUGGAGGACACACCGGACACCGAUGUCUCAUUGCCGGACUUCAGGGAACAACUUUCCGACAUAGACACAUCGUCACUGGAAGAUUUAUUGGCUAUGGACACGCGUCCGAAUUCGUCCAAUCGUAAAUCAGUGUCCUUUAGCGAUUUUAUCGAUGUCGAAAUUGUCACGCCAGAGCUGCCGAAGAAAAGUCCAUCGCCAGAAUUCCGUAAUUUCACUGUGAAACCGAUCCUGAAGAAAGAUUCCAAGCAAGCCGAAAGUAUGCGACGAUUGUUGAACUAUGCUGCCGAACGACUUUACAAAGAUCUUUUGAUGCUCAUCGAAGAACGUGAUCGAGCGAUUCCAUGCCCUUGA